AUGGUGACGAGCGACGAUUUUGUCAUUGGAGCUGAAGUAAUGCUUCACUCCCUCCGCGAGCACUGCGGCGGCAGCACGCGACGACCAGCUUUGGUGGUGAUGGUCACCUCUGGAGUGUCACAGCUGAAGAGGCAAGCUCUGAAGGCUGUGUCGGAUGAAGUCAUAGAGGUGGAACCAAUCGCAAUGCCAAUGAAACGGGCGGCGGGGCACGUGCCGGCAUGGGUAGAUGUAGGGUACACAAAGUUACGCGUGUGGGGUUUGAUCCAGUUCAGAUGCGUGGUGUACAUAGAUGCGGACGCUCUCGUGAUGGAGGACCUUGACGAGCUGUUCGAUCGGGAGGUGGAUUUCGCCGCGGCACCUGACGUGUUUCCACCAGACAAGUUCAACGCCGGAGUAAUGGUUGUGGUGCCGUCGCUGAUUGUCCUGGAGGACAUGAUGUCCAAGGUGGAAGAACUCCCAUCGUACGACGGCGGAGACACCGGUUUCUUAAACGCCUAUUUCGCGGAUUGGUUUUCAAGGCCGGCGGCUGCAAGGUUGCCGUUCGCGUACAACGCCCUCCGCACGGUCUAUUGGACAACUCACGAGAAGAACCCUGGGUACUGGGAAGCGAUCGGCCCCGUGAAGAUUAUUCACUUUUGCAGCAGCCCCAAGCCUUGGGAAGAAACCAAUCGCAAGGGAGACCUCGAGAUGACGUGGUGGCAGCGAUACGUGCAGAUGAAAAUGGGCUCAGUACCUGGCAUGGACGGAUUUGUCUAA